AUGUGUCGCAGUCCACGAAUACCUGGCCUUCACACUAACGUCCUACCUUCACCACAGGUGUUUGUGCGGGGGGGUCUGCUCCUGUGGGUCGGGGACGGGCCAGGUCGGGCUAAAGUGCUCGGCUCUAAAGCAUGCAACAACUUGUCGAGGUUCCCGUGUCCGUACUGCAUGGUUGAGCAACGCGACAACAUUACCGGCGGGGACCUUGGAGAUGCCCAGUACGACAUCGAAGUAAAUCGACGUAUCUGGGGCCAGAUUACGGCCGGGUUCGAUACGCUCAAGUCCCUCGCAGACAACCCCAUCGAGCAGUCUCGACAAUCGAUGGUACUGGGGCUUGUGACAGACUCCAUCGCCCCCUCCCUGCCCAUGUACGACUCAAUGCUCACCGCCCCCACCGCGGUUGUCCCUGUGGAGCGGCUGCACUUCGAUGCCCUGGGGUCCUGCCAGCUGUGCCAAGUUUCCUGCCUCGAGAUGUUGUCAACUCAGCUGAAAGGCCAAUUUCUGGGAUCAGCAAUCUGGUCGGCACACCUGUACAAGGACAACGAUGUGCAGGUCGACGAUGGGUCAUGGGGUGCUCGCGUUUCUGGGGGCAACUUUCGCCCCGACGAGGCGGCAUUGAUCGCGCAGUACAAGGACGACGAUGUCGAGAUAUUCAACAAACCACCGCCGACGGGCGACCAUGGACCGCCACCAGCAAACCAACUCACCCUCAGCAAGAUCAUCUACUUCUUCCGUCAAACCGGAAACAACAACUCCUUGAGCGGUGAGCCACCACCAUUUACGUGGUGGGUACUCGCUUACGACUACGUCGGGGUCGGCCAUGGUAACGAGCGGGUGCCCGAUUCCAUCACCGGGCAUCCGACGUUGUCACUGCGGGGACGGGGCCGUCCUAAGGUUUACCCUGUACACGCCAGCAGACGCCAGGUACAAAUGUACCACCAAUGCCCGCAAGGUCAAGAUGCAGCAGAGGGGUCUCGGCUUUGCGGGGAAACGCAGGGGGCGGGCAGAGACCGAGUCUGGCGACACAAGUUCCGGCUAGCAUUACCGGGGUCUAGCAACGGCUACGACAAGUACCUCUUGAACAAGGUACACCACAGCAUCAACCAAGACACAUUUGUUUGAACGAUCGUGGAGUUCUUCGAGGAAUACCAGCGAAGUUUUUCGAGGGCAGCGAUUCGGCACGGUCAACAACAAAUGCUGGUGUGGAGGCCUAACGAUGGCCGGCCUUCGGCUUAUAGGUGUAUAGGUGUGCGUCUGGAUGUGGUGUUCGCAGCUAGCUGCAAUGCCGGAGAUAGUUGGGUGGGGAGGCAGGGCGAAACCCUCACGCGUCGAUGCCAACUGUGUUGAGGGUCUCGUAUAAGAGUGAAGGUGCAAACCACGGCUUUNCGAGGGCAGCGAUUCGGCACGGUCAACAACAAAUGCUGGUGUGGAGGCCUAACGAUAGCCUUCGGCUUAUAGGUGUAUAGGUGUGCUUCUGGAUGUGGUGCUCACAGCUAGCUGCAAUGCCGGAGAUAAUGGGGUGGGGAGGCAGGGCGAAACCCUCACGCGUCGAUGCCAACUGUGUUGAGGGUCUCGUAUAAGAGUGAAGGUGCAAACCACGGCUUUGUAUAGAUUUGUCCCCUACUGUAAGGUGCGAUUCUUCUGAUGUAGUUCCGGCUGGUGUGCCGCUGCCCGAAGAUACAACUAAGCGUGCUUGUUGUAGCAACCAUUCCUCAACGCAUGGACUGNACUUACUGAAAUGUGCGAUUCUCAAGAUGUAGUUCCGGCUGGUGCAUUAUUCAACUACGAUUGGUCAUCGUACUUUACCGGCAAAAAUACAAGUACAUCACCAAAUUGUUGUCGGUAUGGUAGGUAGGGGAGCUUCGUUUUAUGUUGACGAAGCUAAUCCGCUUUAUUUCCAACAUGAUGUAUCCCUACCCCAUCGAUUCGACUCCGGGAUAACUUUCGCGACGAAUUGGUGGUGUACCUCGUGGUAUUAGCGGACACACACUGCUGUGUGUUUCUACAUGUUGCAAAUAUCGACGGGAAAAAUAGCUUUGGGAGAAACAAGAAUAGCUACGUGACCUUCUUAAAACUACAUACAGUAGGUGUUCCGGCCUAGUACC